AUGCCAUUUAUUGAAAACAAAGUAUAUUUCUACACUCUGCGGAGGGGGCGGAUAUGCUAUUUUCGGCUCGAUUCAAGGGAAAGUUUAGGCUCUCCGAGCGACCGGGAAGGGGCGACCGCCCCCUCCUGCCUCACUUUCGGCCUUGUUUAUGCUUGUAAGAGCACCUUCUUCCUCGCAGAGGCCACCAGCCUUGUUAAUGACCACGAUCGUGUAACUAUCGCUAUCUAUCUCUCCACUAUGAUGAGAUUUGCAGAGUCCAAGGCCAAAUCAGCAUGCAAGCUCAUAAUGGAAAAAAGGAAAUAUUACAGCAAACAGAAGAUGGAACUGCUGAGAAUCGGCAUUGGGAUGGCAUGGGGCGGGCUGUGCUGCGCUGCUGCUUGGGUGACUGCAACGCGCAGGCAGCACCACGUCAUGAACAUAUGUUGGCUAAUACCACAGUUCCUUUUACUAGGUCUAAUGUUGGGAUGCGCUCAACAUGGGCUUCGGUCGUUCUACAAAUCGCAGGUCUCCAAAAGCUUAUGGAGGUAUGGAAUGCCGUUCGGAGAACUUGUGGAGGGAGUUGGUAAGUUCUCGAGCGUACUGUGCAUCGGCAUUCUCAGAAGGAGGCCUUUCAGAUGGUUCCGGCGCCAUCUGAAAGACAGUAGGCUCGACAACUAUUAUUUUUUCUUGGAAAUUUUGUGUUUUGUGACGCUUGUGAUAUACUGCAAGGUUGCGCGUUGGUAUGCAGGCGACGCCUUCCUAGUCGAAGAUGGUAAUCUUGAUCCGGAGCAGCCUGAUGUGAAUUUGCCUCCUCGUCCCAAUUCUCACGAUGCAGCAACGCAACUGGUGGAGCCAGCAGUUCACGAGACGACUACUGCCUUGAACAGUGACGGAGCUAGAAAUUUGUGUCCGGGGUCCCAAAUUUGA